UCACUGACGCGUUAGUUAGCAGGGCUGGCUACUCCAGCGCUCUCUGAGUCCAGGUAGAACAACAAUAACGGAAGAGACGCGGACCUGGUACGACUACAGACAAGCCGGCGAUUAGCGUUGAUUUAGAGACACUUCGACGACGAACAUCCGUGUUUCUCGGCCGCUGCCAUUCUGCUACCCAACGUUUGCGAGGUGGACAAAAUGGGGCGGAUCUUCCUUGAUCACAUUGGUGGGACUCGCCUCUUCUCUUGUGCAAACUGUGACACGAUUCUGACCAAUCGAGCAGAACUCAUCUCCACGCGCUUCACCGGGGCCACUGGGCGAGCUUUCCUUUUCAACAAGGUUGUGAAUCUGCAGCACAGCGAUGUGCAGGACAGAGUUAUGUUGACGGGACGACACAUGGUGAGAGACGUCAGCUGCAAGAACUGCAACAGCAAGGUGGGCUGGACGUACGAGUUCGCCAACGAGGGAAGCCAGCGGUAUAAGGAGGGCCGUGUGAUUCUGGAGAGGGCGUUGGUGAGGGAGAGCGAGGGCUUUGAGCACGUUCCCUCUGACAACUCCUGAGAUCACUUUGCUUGCAGUUGUAAGGCUCAAUUCGAGCACGCUACAGCUUUUCCCUGCAGCAGCAGUGCAUGGAUGUAAUGGACACCGUGCCAUUUAUGAGUAGAAUUACACCAAUACAAUAUCCCAGACUAGGGUCAUUGUGGGAAGUUAAAAACAAACAAACAAGUGGUUGAUAUUUUUCCAUAACGUUUAACAUCUAAGAAUAUCUGCUACGAUGUGUUACCAUUUAAAAUUGCCUGCAAUGCGUUCCCAACAUGCUGUGAUGUUUAGGAAAUGUGUUGGUUUUCGCUCACGCUGCCCUACAAGAAGGUCGGUGAGGCUGUGAAGUAGAACAUGAACUAUGUUCUUAACAGAAGAUGUUGUCACUAAGUAGUAUGUUGCAAUAUAUUUAUUUGCCUGUGUUCAAGAGUUCAAUGUGUCAGAAAUUCUUUACCUUAACUAAAUAUGGAGUAAUUUCUCUUUAGUAUUAGCUGUAUCGGAAUAUUCCCUAAAAGCAUCAAUAGUUGUGAUCAUAUUGUUGUUAUCCAUGUAUGACCUGUAGAGUUAAGAUAUCAACACUUUAUUUUAUAUGAUAAAUAAUGAUAAAGUUGAACCAGUUUUACAGUAAUGGAAAAUUGCAUUCAAAACACUUCUCUUGCUGCAAAACCGGAUUUGAGUGAUUUCCAGCAUUUAAUUAAAAUAUUUGGUGGCAAUUGGUAUAAUACUUAACCAAAACUCAUUGUCAAAAAUAAAUACAUUAAAAUGUGUUAAUUGAAUCCGUGUUUUUUUGCAUGCCUUUCCUGAUUUGAUUAUUGUGUCCUUCCUGAAAUAAAACAAAAAAGGUUUGGGGGAAA